GGGGCAGGCGCGGUGGGAAAGAUGGCGUACCAGAGUCUCCGGCUGGAGUACCUGCAGAUCCCGCCGGUCAGCCGCGCCUACACUACCGCCUGCGUCCUCACCACUGCGGCCGUGCAGUUGGAAUUGAUCACACCUUUUCAGUUAUACUUCAAUCCUGAAUUAAUUUUUAAGCACUUUCAAAUCUGGAGGCUAAUCACCAAUUUCUUAUUUUUUGGUCCAGUUGGAUUCAAUUUUUUGUUUAACAUGAUUUUUCUAUAUCGUUAUUGUCGAAUGCUAGAAGAAGGCUCCUUCCGAGGUCGGACAGCAGACUUUGUAUUUAUGUUCCUUUUUGGUGGAUUUUUAAUGACUCUUUUUGGUUUGUUUGUGAGCUUAGUUUUUUUAGGCCAGGCCUUUACAAUAAUGCUGGUCUACGUGUGGAGCCGACGGAACCCAUAUGUCCGCAUGAACUUCUUUGGUCUUCUAAACUUCCAGGCCCCCUUUCUGCCCUGGGUGCUCAUGGGGUUCUCCUUGUUGCUGGGGAACUCGAUUAUAGUGGACCUUUUGGGUAUUGCAGUUGGGCAUAUAUAUUUUUUCUUGGAAGAUAUAUUUCCCAAUCAGCCUGGUGGAAUAAGAAUUCUGAAAACGCCAUCUAUUUUGAGGACUAUUUUUGAUACACCAGAUGAGGAUCCCAAUUACAACCCACUACCUGAAGAGCGGCCAGGAGGCUUCGCCUGGGGUGAGGGCCAGCGCCUUGGAGGGUAAAGCAGCUGUGCCAAUUACGAGACCCAUCUGAGAAAGACUCAGUGAAAUGUCCAUUGGGAUCUUUUAUCCCUUGUUGCAAAAGCGUCGACAGUUUUGACAGCUUGACAUAUUUUUAACUCCAGAAGCACUUUACGGGAUGGUACACUGACUAACACAGAAGACAUUUCCAGCAGUUUGCCAGGGGUUCCUCACUAUGCUGGUACUAAAAGUAUAACCUCUUGGAGCCAAAAACUGGAGAAACAGAUACCCUGCCUGGUGUCUCUAACAAGUACGUGGGUACUUGAGCUUGGUGGCAUAAGGCAAGGUUUUCCUCCUCCUCUUUGAUAGACAAGGCCGUGGUGUAAAUGGAAGUUACAGAGAGGACAAAAUAAAACUGAAUUCCAUCUCUCUCACACUGUAUUUAAGCUUUCGUGUGAUCUUUUAAUGUGUUCUAGCUCUCCUGCGUAUGUUUGAACACAGCAGUUUCCGUGCCUGCCCUCACGUCUCCACGGCUUUCAACUGGAUUUCAUUUCAAGAUUGGAAAUGCACAGCUGUUAUGUACAUCUGACUAGUUCUAGUUCAGAGUGCUAGCCUCAGUGGGAAGAAGAUUGGUUUCUGCCAUUCAGAUAGUUCUCCAUCUGAAAACUAUGAAGCUUCAAGUUUAGACCACAGAAGGAGGGAGAAGGGCAGGUGAUUUCUUGUAGCCAGGGAAUCUGACUAUAGAGAAGCCAGCUGUAAACAAAAACAACUGUGACAUCUCUUUGAGCUGGAGUCUCUACUAAGAAAUACCCAGAUUAGCAGUGGCCACCCUUUGUCAAAGCACAGGAGUAAGAGUGGGCAGCAGUUGGGCAUGCAGUCCUCUUGUCAUUCAUUUCAGGAAAAGCUCAAAACCUUUCCAGGCCCAAGUGCCUGGUUCACCUUCCCAGUCCAGUAGAAAUCAGGGUCUUUGGAAACAGCCACACUGAUGGUUCAGUGAAUACUUGUCAAAGAUGGUUCAUCUCGUCCGACUCAAGAGCUUUACAUGCGUGCUGCUCUGUCAGAACUCAGAAAGAUGAUUAAGAGAGUGUGUUUCAUGAACAUCAAAGAGGCACAGGACGCCCCAGACUGGAGCCUCCUAUUUAGGCUCAGUUGCAUUUCAGAUGAGAUUUUUCUCAAGGGUUGACAUAGGCUAAGUGAGCUACAGUAAACAUUUGAGGUGGAAAGUUCCAGAUAGAGUUGAAGCGGAACGUAUUUUAAUGACUAAGUGGAAUCUGACAAGGAGUGGAACAAGUGUGGCUUGUGUCCUAGUAAAGAGCUGAAGACCAUUGUAAAUUCAUGGGACGGGGCCAAUGGGACUGCUUUUGUCUUGCUUAAAAAUCUUUAAAGCGUAAUGACAAUCCUAGAUUGUAUGAUCCUUAUGGGAUUCUUAAGUUUGAUUAUCAUUUUUUUUGUUCAAGAAAGCUUUAUCAGUAACUUUUAGGAAUUUAUUUUUAUUAUUAUUGCUUGCUUUUAAGCCAGAAAUGGGUUUCUUUGAGGUUUUAUUUAUUUUCCCUUAGUUAAUUUUAGAUGUAGCUAAUUAAUGGAGUAAUUGUGACCGAUUUUUAAUUCUAACAUCUCUUCACCAGCUUUUUAAACAUUUUAAACAGUGAAUACCUGUACAUAUUAAUGACUGAAAAAUGGAAAAUGUAUUUUGGAUGUAUAGCCUAAAGCGGUCUCUGAUUUUUAGGAUGUGAAUUCCUGGUGGCAAAAUGCCAUGCUGUGUGCCACACCGUCUCCUGGCAGUGCAGAUCUCAGUCUCUUGGCCUCUCAGUAGUUUGGCACAUCUCUGGCCCUGGGUUGUUUGACAGGAUCCCUGUGCUCACUGGGACAUGAGGAAAAGUCCUCACUUCCCCAACAAACCUCUUGAUUCUGAUUCUUCCAAAACAAACUUUCUUUUUGUGAUGUGAGUUAACAGAAAAGUGAGGUCAGAUUAUGGGAUUCUGUGACCACUGAAACUUACAUGAAUAUAGUUUGAACCAUUUCCUAGAUUGACUGUACCAGAAAUAACCGAAAAGCACACCAAAAGCAUAGGGCGUUUUGUUUCGUUGUUACAGGAAUACAGUAUAUGUUCAUUUGAAAAUGAAUGGACAUGCCAAUUGCGUCUCCAUAGGAGAUAGAUUUUAUAUACUUCGGUGUGUUUUUUUCACUAUGAAUUUUUACUUGUUUUUUCCACUUCUUUCUCUGCCAUUCCGUGUCCUCCCGUCUUUUAUAUUUCUUUUGUACUUGCGUGAGGCAAAGUGUCCACAUCCUGGAUCUUGAAAUGGAACCAUAACACUGUCACUAGGGUCCUCUGGGAAUUAGGAAACACAUUGGAGCUAUUGGCAUGUUGUGUAACAUGCUUCCUAGAGUUGUCAUGCCUUCGGCCACUAUUUUAUUUUGUGGCUAUAUUUUCCUUUCACAGGUGAGUUCUAUCUGUGUUAGCUAAGAUUUUGCCCUUCCAUCCUCUUCAGGAUGACUAAGCUACUUAAGUAUUUUGAGUUUGCAUUAAAGCUCUUGAACCUUGCUUGUAUCGUUGAGCCACUCUGCUCCGAAGUCUGCAGUCAUUUCUUAGCCCUUAUCAAAUGCAUAUUUUGUGUCUUUCUCUGAGCCCUUCUCCUACUUCUCCCUAGCAGGGACGUCAAUUUAAGUUUCUUCAGUCUUUCAAGACCCUGACACUAAAAUCUUAAAACUAAGGUCUACUUCACUGUCUUCUUUAAAUCCUUACGAAGCUUCAAAUCUGUACUAAAAUUCUUAUACCAAAUCAUAUAUUGUCUUGUACUGUUCUUAGCUGCUACAUGUAUGUUAGUUUUGUUUCCCUCAUGAGAAUGUAAGCUCCUUAAGGGCAGGGACUAUGUCUUAAUUUUUGUAUCCACCACAGUGCCUAGCACUGUGCUUGGCACAUGGGUGCUGAAUAAAUACUUUUGUUUAUUGAUCAGCAAA